UAAAAACAACUUGAACUAAAAAUCAUGGAGAAAAUCAUCUCAAAAAAUUUGAUUACAGCCAUUCCGGGAAUUGGCACAACAUAUGCAAAACGUUUGAAUGCGGUUGGUAUAAAAAAGCCUCGUGAUUUGUUGAAGCAAUAUGAAAAGCUUGACAAGGAUCCGUUGCUCUUUAUGCAUUGGAUGAAAAUGCAAUGUCAAGCAAAGGCUGGACAUGCACGCAAAACGUUCGACGUCGUAAAAGGCUUCAAUGAAAAGGGUGUACCAAAUCUGAAUUUUUCGCCAAUGUUGAGCUCCAUCUCCAAAGCUCCAAAAUCUACAUUAAAAUCAUCCACAUUGAAUUCGGAUAAGCCGACGCCAUUGAAAGGCAAAGAAUGUAAGGCACUGGUUCCAAUCGAAACAUCUGGAAUUAAUGCAACACCAAACAACAAUGAUGAAUCCGACGAAAAAGACGCUGUGAGUCAACAUUUAUUGAAAUUACGCAAACAUUUUACAACCGUGCACAAUGCAGCAAACAAAAAAAUGCUUGACCUUCAAACGGAGCUGAACAGAAUGAAAGGCAUGGCACAUGAAUUUGAUAUUUUGGCGGAAUUUUUAUCAUCCGAUGAAAAGCUAUCGGUAUUUGAAGAAAACUUGGAACGUUUACGAAAAACGGUUGGUUUGGCCGAGGAGAAAAUUCAUGCAAUAAAUACCAACAAUCAAAAAAUCGAUCGAAUGAUACAGCAAAUAAAUGAAACAGCACGGGUGCAAUGGGAAAGCGACAAACGAUUGGCAUCGUGGGAAACGAAAUUUUCCAAUCAAAAAAUCAACAUGGAUGAAUUGAAAUCAAAAGUCGCCGAACAGUUAAAGGGUGACAUUGAAAGCAUUUUGAACGAGCGAUUGGACGAUUUGGCCACCAACAUGGAAUGGAUGAAAGAUGUUGUCACCGGUAUUAUUGCAUUGGUCAUUUUGAAAUUCGUUUUGUUUGACUUGAUUAUGAAAAAUGAGGGGGGUGUCAUAAGUGAAAAUUAACCACUUGCACUAGAAUUGAAUGAUCGAGAAAAGAACAUUUAUUCAGUAAAUCAAUCAUUGAAAUAUAAUUUUCUUAAG